AGCCAUAUUCCCCCCAUUUAUUCCUGCAGUCAGGACGAUGCACAGUGCCGAGCGCAGAGAGAGACGACCUGUAGAGCCUCCACGCCAACAAAUGAAAAUACGACUGUUUGAGUUGAGAAACACAAAGAAUGGAGAGCUGCACGCUGCCACAGUAGCUGUUCUGUGAUUGGCUGAUUGCUCACAUCACUAUCAAGAUGGCCCACCUUUUCCUCGCUAGUAAAAUCACCAUGCCGGACGAUUUCCACAGCAAAGGCGGUGCCAGGAUCCCAAGGAGUGCCAUGAGGAUGCCGACAUCGCUGUCCGCUGAGAAGCUGAGCCGGGACAAGCCCAGGAAGGACCACAGUGUCGUCGUCACAACGCACGUCCCGCACAUCAAUGAGGUCCAGCUGACAGCGGCCACCGGCGGCGCUGAGAUGUCUUGCUACCGCUGCACCGUGCCGUUCGGCGUGGUCGUCCUAAUAGCCGGCAUCGUGGUGACAGCGGUGGCGUACACCUUCAACUCCCAUGGGUCCACCAUCUCGGUGCUGGGUCUGGUGCUGCUGUCUGCUGGACUGGGCCUGCUGGGCUCCAGCGCUGUCUGCUGGAGGGUCCGACUGAGGAAGAAGAAAGACAAACGGAGGGAGAGCCAGACGGCUCUCAUGGCCAGCCAGGGAUACUGCGUGGCCUGAUCUAAAGUCCUUAAUCCGGUUCUGAGUGGAGGUCAAGUUUAAGCUCUUUUUAUCCAAAAAGUGACACUGGUGGUUCAGACGAUUUACUUCAGGGAGACUGUAAACUUGAACGCACCGUGCAUUAACAGGGAUAUGAAUUGGUGAACUUAUUGUAAAGAGAUGCUUGUACUUGCUGCAGGGUCUUGUCCAUCUGGAUGUCUCUGCAGACACCUUAAAGGACUGUGAUGGUCUGGGUAAAGGAUGGACACACAGCAGCUUGCAGGAUGACUCAGCAACAGAAAAGUAUGGAGACUUUGAACUUGAUGUGCUGGACAAUGGAGAGAGGACUGUACUCUCUACUGCUGAGAUUUUGAUAAUUGAUUAAUCCAAAAUGCCAAACAAUCAUCUGGUUUCAGCUUUUCAAAUUUGCCCUGUUUCUGUUUUAUACCAACUUGGGUUUUAGACUGUUGGUUGGAAAAUAUAGUGUCACAAAAUGAGCUCUGGGAGGUCUGGUUGGAAGUAACAGGCGUUUUCAAAAUGGAAGCUCUAUAAUAUCUUAUGUAAGUUACAUCUCAAAACACAUCCUCUGGUCUGUACCUUGCAUAUACAGUGACUUGAUUUUGUAAACAUACUUUUUUCAGAGCGGCCUUUUUGACAUGAAAUAGUUGGGUAAACACAGGUGUUACCGAUCAUACUAAUUGAGGUUCUGUUCCAUUCAGGUUGGCUCUGCUACACUAAAUGGAACUGAACUGUAAUUAGUAUCACCUGUGUUUACCCUACUAAGCCAUGAGCUGUCUGCAGAAGCUGCUGCGAUCAGGUGGUAGGACAGAAUCCCUGACACUUAAGUCCUCAGUAAGACCACUAUUCAAAGCAUCCCCGCCCUGCUCAGAUGGACUCUCACCAGAAUGCCCUGAAGGAGACUGCCAAAACAAGUCUUCUUUGGCGAGUUGAAAACUGGCAAGGGGACGCACGAUGGCCCCAAAAAGCACUUCAAGGAGACCCUGAAAGCCUCCUUGAAGAGCUCUGGAUUUGACUGGAAAAGUUGGGAAUUCCUAACUCAGGAACGACCUGCCUGGAGAGGAAAUGUCCAGAGGUGUGGUCGUCUGUGAGAGCAGGAGAAACCAUCUGUGCACUCACCAGUACCUAAAAUAAUCAGACAUGAUUUUGUGUCAAAAUGGCUGGUGUGAAAAAGGUCUAUCAGCUGUAGGUGGACUACAAUCAUUGAUAGUGAUGAUGUAAAGAUAAUUAAACAUGCUCUGAAUACUUUAGUAAAUGAGAGAUUUCGAUUGAAAAAAGUAGAUUUAAUCAACUUUAAAUGAAAUUCACAACACAAUAAAGUGAGUUGUCGCCCAACAAAGCUCAUCUCUGUUGUACAGUAUCUCUACCUAAAUGCUGAUAAUAAGCUAUAACAGACAUUUAACAAGGUACUCUACUGUUGAUGUUUCUCUCUAUUGGACAAAAUUCAGUGUAAACCCCAUUUGUGAUCUCAGCACUCCGGACUUUGUGAUUCGGUCACGUAGCAGGUAAAAAAUACUGGAUUUAAAUGUUUGUUUUGAUUUGUUCCGCUCACUCAACCAAGUGCAAAAUAAAAACUGUGGUUGCAAAAAAGAGUUAAAAAGCACCAAGAUCUAAACAGUGGAUGGUAACAAUGUGGCUUCAGACUGGAUAAACAGCCAAUGUGUGACAGCUUCUGGCAGACAACCACAACGCAACUGGUGAAACGCAGCGUUACCUGAAUAAAAUGACAGAUUUGAAGUUUGAACAUUGUUGGAAACAUUUGGGAUAAUGUCAAUUCAUAACAGAAGUUGUCUCAGAACACUUUUCAAAUAGAGCAGGUCUAGACCGAACUUUGUAAGAACACAAUGUAAGUAUAAUGUGCUUAAUAAGUGUUUAUACAUUUUAAUGCAGAAAUGUUUUAUAUUAAAUAUCUUUUUAUGCAGAUAGAAAACAUCAUGAUAACACCUUUGAAUAUCCGGUCUGUGUGACUGAAUUACGGAGUAACGUUCUGAAUCCUGAGCUCUCAGAUGGGGUUAAUUUCUGAUCUGCAUGAACCUUUGUAUGUUUAAACUAGUGCACUAAGAUCCAAAGUGAUGAAAAAUAACCAAAUGUCAUGUAUUCACUGUAUUAAAGAGUUCACAUGUAACUGUUUAACUGAGGGUCAAUCUGACGCUGUCUCACUUUAUAUUACCUUGAACUAGUGUUCAGUCUUAUUUAUUCUAUGUCAAUAAAUGUAUUUGUUCUAUUAAAGUCAACAUUCAAGUGCCAA